UUAAUAAAGACACAUGCGGUCUUUGGCGGAAAAUUCUGGCAAAUCCUUGGAAAUGCCUUGCGCCUUCUGCAGUCAAAAUAAUUGUCAUUACGAUCGAUGCCGCUAACCAGCCAAUCAUCCUCCACUUCCUCGCUCACUAGAGCAACCCGCCCCUUUCCUGCUCUACCAGACUCUCCUAAUGGGAGGCGGUCCGAAGUUCUGACCAAUCAAUUGGACAGACACGUGCUUUAGCCAAUCAGCAUAGCUUUCACAGGCGGGACUUUUCGCUGUCCCAUGAGCUGUGAGCUUUCGGUGUCUCUGUGUCAAGCCGGUGCAUGGUCAUUCUCCAGCUGCCGUCAUGAUGCAAAUGCUGGCCGAGUUGUCCGUAGAAAGUCAGAUUUUCUACUCGGUGCUAUUCUUUUCAUGGAUCGUAUACACAUGGGAGGCUUACCUUUCUAAUAGACAGAGAAAGAUUUAUCGUACCACAACACAUGUACCGGCUGAACUAGGAAACAUUAUGGAUGCAGAGACAUUUGAAAAGUCUCGCCUGUAUCAACUGGAUAAAAGUACCUUCAGCUUUUGGUCAGGAUUGUAUUCUGAGGCAGAAGGCACGCUUAUCCUUCUGCUAGGAGGAAUACCAUUCCUGUGGAAUGUUGCUGAGCAAGUGUUGUAUCGUGCUGGCUUCAGUGCAGAAUAUGAGAUUAUUCAUUCAUUGGUGUUUUUGCUGCUUGCCACAUUGUUUAGUACAUUUACUGGCCUUCCAUGGAGUCUCUACAAUACCUUCGUCAUAGAAGAACGUCAUGGGUUCAACCAGCAGACUCUGGGCUUUUUCUUUAAAGAUGCUGUAAAGAAGAUCUUGGUUACACAAUGUAUUCUCCUCCCAGUUGCAUCUCUUCUGCUGUACAUCAUCAAAAUGGGUGGUGAUUACUUCUUCAUCUAUGCUUGGCUCUUUACAUUAGUGGUUUCUCUGGUCCUUGUAACAAUAUAUGCAGAUUAUAUUGCACCUUUAUUUGAUAAGUUUACACCACUGCCAGAAGGAGAUUUAAAAGAAGCAAUUGAAAACAUGGCGAAAAGCAUUGACUUUCCCCUGACCAAAGUAUAUGUUGUUGAAGGCUCAAAGCGUUCCUCACAUAGCAAUGCAUACUUCUAUGGUUUCUUCAAGAACAAACGGAUUGUUUUAUUUGAUACCCUUCUGGAGGACUACUCCCCACUGAACAAGGAAGGCACGGACGACACAUCAGGAAACGAGAACACUGAACUAAAAUCAAAAGUCAAACAGAAUCUUAACAAGAAGCAAGGCUGCAACAAUCAAGAGGUUCUCGCUGUGCUGGGCCAUGAGCUGGGACACUGGAAACUGGGACAUACAGUCAAGAAUAUAGUUAUUAGCCAGGUGAACUCUUUUCUGUGUUUUUUCCUUUUUGCUGUGCUAAUUGGUCGUAAAGAACUGUUUGAAGCAUUUGGAUUUCACAACACUCAGCCGACCCUUAUAGGCCUAAUGAUCAUUUUUCAGUUUAUCUUCUCUCCUUAUAAUGAGGUUCUUUCCUUCUGCCUAACGGUAUUAAGCCGAAGAUUUGAAUUUCAGGCUGAUGCAUUUGCCAGGAAUCUUGGAAAAGCAAAAGACUUGUAUUCUGCUCUUAUUAAAUUAAAUAAGGAUAAUUUGGGCUUUCCUGUAUCAGACUGGCUAUUUUCAAUGUGGCAUUAUUCCCACCCCCCUUUACUUGAAAGACUGCAAGCCUUGAAAGUGGACAAGCAAAACUGAUAGUAUUAAUGAAGGUUUAAAGUGUUUUCAUCUGGAAGAAAAUACUGCUGAUUAAUCCUUUUUUUUUUUUGUUUUAUGGUUCAUUCCAUGGAGUAGAACAGCAUUUAAUAAAUACUAGUAUAUUAGCCUUUGAAUGAAAAACACUUUUAAAGACCUAGGAAGGAAAGUAAACUUGUACAUGACUUUUUUCUAAACAAAAAAGCAGAGGGUUUUAAUUAAAGGAAAAUUAUUUUGUACCAUGGAGUCUUAUUUUCCCUUUUUUAUAUACUGAAAUCUUCAGUGUCAAGAAGUAUGAUUUGUAAACUGUUGUAUGAGGUUCGCCUUAUUGUUUCUUCCUGUGACUGUAAACAGGCAUGUUUUAUUGUGCUUAAUUUAGUGUGGUAACUCUUUUAUGUGUAACAGUGUGCAAGCCUUAAGUGUUCUCUUUAGAUGAAGUGUUAUCCAAAGAGGAAUGAAAAAAGUCAAUAGAUAUGAACAGAAUUUCUUCUUGCUCUGUCGUUGGAUAAGUUAUUUUGCAUUGAACCUCAAAGAAAUCUUUGUUUUGCGUUUUGUCUGUCAAUAAAGCACGUUUUGCUUUCA